CCGGGAAUAAAGUCGCUGUGUGUAUAUAUAGGAGGGACGACAGCGGCGGCAGGUAAACACAGUUGUCGACCUGAGAGCGGACUGUCACUCGCGCGGCUGCACACUCACCGGGAACCACAGCGUUUGAUGCCGAGAACUUCGCGGGGGCCACUCGCAGCGAGUCCGCCCCGUCCGCCCGCCCCCCCGCACCAGCCCGCGGACGUAAACAAGCCCCGCCGGCCGGGACGCCGCGACUGUGCACACGCGAGGGGAAGAGACACGAGACCCGGGCGACCAUGGCCGUGGACAAGUCUCGAGUGGCCGUCGGCUUCAUGGUGGCCGGGGUCCUGACCGUGGCGUUCGGGGUCGUCCUGACGUUCGUGGGUCCGAUGAUCAUCGACGACCAGAUCGUCAAGAACACGGUGAUCGACCCACAGAAUGAUCUGUCCUACACCAUGUGGAAGGACAUCCCUGUGCCCUUCUUCAUGUCCGUCUACUUCUUCAACGUCCUCAACCCCAAGGAGGUCCUGAAAGGGGAGAAGCCCAUGGUGGAGCAGCGGGGACCUUACGUGUACAGAAAACGCUGUCAGAAGGACAACAUCACGUUUCAUCCCAACGACACGGUGUCGUACAGGGAGUACAGGAAGUUCUUCUUCGAGCCAUCCAUGUCCGCGGGCAAUGAGUCCGACGUCGUCACGAUACCGAACAUGUUGGUGCUGGGUGCGGCAGUGAUGAUGGAAAAACUGCCGUACGCAGUUCGCCUGAUGAUCAGUGCCACCUUCAAGACCUUCAAGGAGGGUCCCUUUCUCACCAAGACCGUCGGGGAAUUGAUGUGGGGUUAUGACAGCGGACUGGUCGAUUUCCUCAACAAGUACCUGCCGGGCAUGCUGCCCUCGUCCGGGAAGUUUGGCCUUUUUGCUGAAUUCAACAACUCCAACACCGGCCUGUUCACCAUCUUCACCGGGAAGGACGACAUCAAGAACGUCCACAGGGUCGACUCCUGGAACGGCCUGACGGAGCUGAGCAACUGGGGGACUCGGCAGUGCAACAUGAUCAAUGGAACGGCCGGGCAGAUGUGGCCUCCGUUCAUGACAAAAGAGAGCACGUUGCCCUUCUACAGCCCUGACGCCUGCAGAUCUAUGGAGCUGGUUUACCAGCGUCCCGGCGUGAUGAAGGGUAUCCCUCUGUAUCGGUACGUUGCGCCCAAGACCCUGUUUGCCAAUGGGACGGAUUACGCCCCCAAUGAAGGCUUCUGCCCCUGCAGACAGUCCGGCCUACUGAACGUCAGCAGCUGUCGCCACAACUCCCCGGUCUUCAUCUCUCACCCUCACUUCUUCAACGCGGAUCCUGUGCUCCUGGACUACGUGCAGGGCCUCCAUCCCACUGAAGAGGAGCAUGGCCUCUUCAUAGACAUCCACCCGCAAACCGGUGUCCCCCUCAAUGUGGCCAUCCGUCUGCAGCUCAACCUCUACAUGAAGCAGGUGUCAGGAAUUACAGAAACUGGCAAGAUGUCUGAGGUGGUGAUGCCCAUGAUCUGGUUUGAGGAGAGUGGCUACAUCGACGGGCCCAUCCUCAACACGUUCCACACAAACCUGGUCGUCCUGCCGGCGGUGAUGGAGUUCAUGCAGUACGGCUUCAUAGUGCUCGGCCUGGCAUCGAUAAUAAUCGCGACCCUGGUGCAUCAUAAAAUUCGGAGUUCUAGAAAGAGUUGGAUGAGCUCCCCAGUGGUGGAGAACCCCGGGACCUCUGACAAAGAGCCCGCAAAAGGCUCCCAUGACCACGAAACACAGGAGAAAUAUAACAUGAAUAAUUCAGAGAAAUAAACGUGAAGGGGGCGCCGCACUGGAUGCAACCACAGGCACUUCAACCGACGAGAGAGACCCUCUACUACAAGACGAAAUGGACUGACGUACACACACACACACACACACACACACACACACACACACACACACACACACACACACACAAAGAAAACGCACAAACUCAGAGAUGAUGUUCUGGACCUGCUGGCGGCCGACAUCAUUCUAGUAUGUUGAACUGAAACACUGUCACGAGGGCGCACUGCUCAUUAUACCCCAAUGAGACGCGCGCCCAUAUUGUAACUUCACUGUCUAGUCGAUGAAACCCCCUCAGCCGAAGACUCGCGCGCACUGCGUUCAGUGCGUUUGUAUCGAGGCUGCUGGGGGGGUUGAGACUGUUUGUCUUUUUCGGGCGGAGCGGGCGAAGACGCGGCCUGUCUCUGAAAAGAACCCAAAACACAGAACUAAAAAGAAAAAGAAACAAAAAUUAUUAUUAAUUUGGCCGUUAACGUGUCGUGAACGCGCUCCGGCUCCGCAUUUGUGUUUGGCAAUCAUCUUUGAUCCGACACAUUUCAUAGUUCCAUUGCUUCAUCGGGAGCAAUAGUAGAUAGUUUUUUUUUUUCAUUUUAAAGAAAUGUUUCUGUGUUAACAAGGGGAACGAACAGGCCGCGUCCGUCUAACGUCUGCAGUGUGCAGGAUGAGACACUCCUCGGACCAUCAGGACACACACACUCCCCCCAAUUGUAUACUACUGUCUUCUGUAAAGGUGUGAAUGUAUUUCUUGCAACUGAUGUGAAUGAAGCCCAUUGGUGGGUGGGAUAUACGUCAUAAGUGAAUGAGAAAUGCGGAGGUUAAUAAAAGUGCCUUUUUUUCUGGAAAACAAA